CGUGACGUCAGGGGGCGGAGCUCCGCUUUGAACCGGCGCGGGGUGCGGGGCCGCGGCGCGAUAUGAGCACGGUAGAGCCGCUAUCGGAUGAGGGCGUUGCUGCCGGCCCGAGGCGUAUCGAGGUUCCCCGGCCGCCCUCCAUCGAGGAGUUCACCAUCGUGAAGCCUAUCAGCCGCGGCGCCUUCGGGAAGGUGUACCUGGGCCGCAAGGCGGGCCGGCUGUACGCCGUGAAGGUUAUGAAGAAAGCAGACAUGAUCAAUAAGAACAUGGUUCACCAGGUCCAGGCAGAGAGGGAUGCGUUGGCUCUCAGCAAAAGUCCUUUUAUUGUACACUUAUACUACUCGCUCCAGUCAGCCAAUAAUGUCUAUUUGGUGAUGGAGUACCUUAUUGGUGGUGAUGUCAAAUCUCUUCUCCAUAUUUAUGGAUAUUUUGAUGAAGAAAUGGCUGUCAAGUAUAUUUCUGAGGCAGCACUGGCUCUUGACUAUCUUCACAGACAUGGGAUAAUCCACAGGGAUCUGAAGCCAGACAAUAUGCUCAUUUCCAAUCAGGGCCACAUAAAGCUGACAGAUUUUGGGCUUUCCAGAGUUACUCUGAACAGAGAGAUAAACAUGAUAGAUAUCCUUACUACACCAUCAAUGGCAAAGCCAAAACAUGACUACUCACGUACUCCAGGACAACUGUUGUCUCUUAUCAGCUCUCUGGGUUUUUAUACUCCUGUUGGAAUGAAAAUGCCAAUCAAUCCCAAUUCAGGUGGAGCUUCUGACAGUCUGCAUGAAGUGAUUUCACCCUUAUCUAUGAUCGAAAAGGAAAACACUCCUCUUUCAACUAAAUUAUUCAAAACAGGUCUGGAUACUUCUCCAUUAACUCCUGUUAUGCCAGUGAGAAGUUUGACUCCUGCUCUGCUUCAGUCAAGAGAAAGGUUUGGUGCCUCCACUGCCAGUAGUCAGUCUUGCAUGUAUUUGUCCAGUAUGGAAUCAGAAUGCUGCAGCAGCCCCAGGUUGGAGAAAGAUGUGAAGCAAACUGAAGAUGAGAUGUGUUCUACGGGCACGAGUAACAGCAGACCACCUCUCCCUUCUAGUAGAGAAGUACUAAAUAGCAAAGAUCCUAAAGUUCUUAAAAAAGAACUAGAAUCUGCUAUUUCUCCCAUCAGUAGCAAUGAUUGUGGUAGCAGGCAGAAGCUGGGAACCGAACGUUCGGAAAUAACAGACACUCCAGUGACUACGUUGGACACGAAAGGAAUAGUAAGAAAGUGCCUCUCAGAAAACAAGAUCUGGGAAGAAAAACUCGUUGCACGUAGAGAGAUGACCAAUGAAAUGUCAGAAACUGGCAGUUCCCAACAGUCACCUUUGUUCCUGAAAGAUCCUGUCCAACCAGUCAAAGAAGAAGAAAUUCUUGAGAAGCCGGGUGUAAAAAGAAGCUUUGAAUUAGUCGAUACGAGUCCUUGUCAGGAACUGAACUACGUUAAAAAAACAAAUGCAGAAUAUAAACGUGGCUGUUGGAUCUCAGAACUUUCAGCAAGCAAAAGUACGGGUUUGACAACUGAAAUUCAAUCCUUAAUGCUUAGUGGUGAGGUCUGCGAAAGCAAAGAAAUUAUGAGAUGUAUUGAUAGGCAACAAACAGAGAAACCACUUGUUCCAACUGUAGCCAAAAAUCUUUUGUGUGAUCUGGAUGCAGACCAUGAAAAGGAUAAAGAAUAUAUGAACUCAAGUCUUUUGUGUGCUGAUGAUGAAAAACCUUUAGGAGCCCUGAGUGCAGAUUCUGACCUUUCGUUUCCUGAAACGUCUGUUUCUGAAAGCCAUUUAGAAAAGCAGCUCGUAGAUUUGGAUAAAGGUGUUAAAGACCUCUCCUUUGAGGAACCUAAAGCAGAAGACUUGCUAACAAUGUCACCCAACUGCCAAGAAGCUUCACGAAAUGGAGGGGAAGCGGAUGUUGUUCAGAACUGCACGAUGUUAUGUUGUGAGCAGGAUAAUCACCAAAAACACACUGAAGAAACUGACACCAUAUCGUCUCCUUCUGAAAAGAUGACGGAAACAGUCCAUCUCUUCAGAAAAAAUAAUGUUGUUUUUCGAAGUUAUAAUAGUCCAAUUAAUGUAUCUAAUGUGUCGGAUCCAUGUAGCAUGGCUUCUUUAGACAUAAUGGAUCUUUCACCUGCUUGUAGUGGCUCUUACCCAACAGCUAUUACUCCAUUACAGAAAGGAAGGCCGUACAGAGCCUAUCAGACACCUCGUCAGGGGGAUGCAGGCACACCGUACAGGACCCCAAAGAGUGUAAGAAGAGGAGCUGCCCCAGUGGAAGGUGAACGCAUCCUGGGGACCCCAGACUAUUUGGCACCUGAGCUGCUUUUGACAAAGCCUCAUGGGACUCUGAUCUCUGGUUCUGCUGUAGACUGGUGGGCUCUCGGAGUUUGCCUGUUUGAGUUUCUAACUGGGAUUCCACCUUUUAAUGAUGAAACACCAGCACAAGUCUUCCAGAAUAUUUUGAAAAGAGAUAUUCCCUGGCCGGAGGGUGAAGAAAAGCUGUCUGACAAUGCCCAAAAUGCAAUAGAUAUUCUUCUAACCUUUGACAGUACUAAGAGAGCUGGACUGAAGGAACUGAAGCAUCACCCCCUCUUUCAUGGAGUAGACUGGGAUAAUCUACAGAAUCAGCCUAUGCCUUUCAUACCACAGCCGGAUGAUGAGACUGAUACCUCUUACUUUGAAGCUAGGAAUAACGCGCAGCACCUGACUGUGUCUGGAUUUAGCCUAUAGCAUCAUGAUGAACUCUCCAUGUUUUUUUGCACAGUUACAGGUUGUUCUACAACACUAAUAUGCCCUGAAGAUUCCUUGCCAAAUUUAGCAUGUUUUAAGUUCCCAGUCUGCUUUUAUUAUUGUAUCCUUUCCUCUGAAGUGAAACUACUGUAUGAAAUGUAGCUGCAUUCAUGCUACCCUUUAUUUCACGUACUGCACCUUACUGAAGCCGGAGUGUUCUAUUUCUUAGAGGAGGUAACACUUGCAUGGCACAAAAGAAAAAAUAGGGCUUAGUAUCAAUGAGCAACUCGAGCUAGGAGGUAGGAAGUUAUUUUAUAGUUAAACACAAUAGGGUAAGAGUGUAAAUCCAUGCUCGCUGCAUGUAGAGGUAACUUACUGUUGGUGGUUCAAUGUUCUGACUGUCUUGUUUCAGAAUAAUCCUUUCUGCCCAUUGUGCAAAACUGAUGUUUCCAUUCACUGUGGAAAACUGAAAUCUUAAUACAGCAUUAAAACAAUGUAAUGCUGUUCAUCUUAUCUCAAGGUUUAAGACAGUGGUUUUCCAAAUUAACUCUGCUAUGUGUGGCCUGUUAAUGUAGGAAAGAUUGGCUGUAAUUCUUCUGGUAAUUAUCCUUACUUAAAUCAUCGGUGCAGAGAUGUAUACUUGGAUCAGUUCUGCUAGACAUGCAGUGGUUGAAUUGUUGCAUUGUAAGCACUCACGGUAUAAGGAGAUGGACUGAGUGCUUACAGUGCAUCUUAGUGGUUACUGGUUCUAAAUAGAAAAUGCUGGGUGUUUGUGCUCAGCCACGUCAGGUGGUAGAAAGUAAAAUACACCCGAGUGCUGGCUAAUGCAGGAGGUAUUAUUCACACUGAAGCUGCUAUGUACUAAAGACUGCAAUGUAUUGCAAAGAAACAGUUGUUUUGUAAAUUCACAGCCAGAUUUCAGAGUUUGCUGGAAUUUGUUACAAAUGUAUGUUCAGUAUUAUGUGUUCUAAUUAUGGGGAAAGUAUAUUUAAAAGUAUUUUAAAACUGCAACACAGCUUGCGCUUGCUAGAUCUUAAAGGUUUAUUUGUAGGUAAUUGCUUAAGUUAUCUUUUUUAGUAUGUUUUUUUCUUGCAUAGCUCUGAUAUCCUCAGUUAACUUGCCGCAGAGUUUUAUUUUUCAGGUCUGUUCUUAGCUAAGUGUCACUUGUGCUAGACAGUGGCGCCGGCUAGUGGCCAUGUGCCUGAAGCUGAGCACUUUGCUGAUGGGUCGUGCUAAGGGACUUCAGCAUUUCAUGCAGGGAAUUAAGCUGUCCCUUCGCUGCGCUGCUCCCUGGGAGGUGAAUCUUAGCGAUGCAGUUGUGAGAAAACACUUUGCUAGGCUUUGUGCCUUCCUUCCAGGUAGCUGGGGAAAGGGAUGGUGGGAGGAGGGAAGCUUCUGAAAGGACUGAAGGGCUGAUUCUUAUUAACUCAGAGCAUUUGUCCCUCUUAGAGCUGGUAUGUUUCAUAGACAAAUAGAAUCUUGGGAAGCUGCAAAGCACGCAGUGACCCUCACUCAGUUUGCCACGGACUUCGUGUUCUGAAGACUUCUAAAUUGUUGACUCUUAUGGAAAGCAAUGUUACAUGAGCAGUGUGCGAGGAAUUAAAUGUAACGUUAUUGAAUCCAGUUCCACAGACAACAUUCAAUAAAAAUGCAAAUUUUUGCUCUGUA